AUGGUACAGGCAGAUCCCUGUUUUACAUCACUUGUUGAUCUGCCAGCUCAACUAAUUCAUAACUUUUUGGGCGUUUCAUGUCGCUUUAAACUUGCUCUACAAUUGUCGUCAGACAAACAGGCCUCUACUCGAGCCAGUCUGCCGCCCGUUUCCACCGCCGGACUCGAACUCAUGCCAUGCACGUCCAGUAGAAAAGGGUUCGUAUCAGAUGACUGGCUCUGCAAGCGGAAUUUCCUCCGUUUAAUUUGUUUACUAUCCCUUCCUACCCCUCAAGGGACUGACUAG